GUCUGGGACCCCAAGCUUCAAAUAGAAUAGUUGCAGCUGCAGAAGUUUGCUGUAUGUUAGCACACAACGUUGCGAAUUGACGUUUUGUACAAUUAGUUUAUAAGUCGAACAGGCAGGAAUUUGAAUUAAUGUGACCGACCAAAGGAAAGCGAAAAGCUAGCUGCCAUGACAGUAGUAAUUGGAUUUGAGGGCAGUGCCAAUAAGAUCGGCAUCGGAAUCAUUAGGGAUGGUGAAGUGCUUUCCAACCCGAGACGGACCUACAUUACCCCCCCUGGUCAAGGCUUCAUGCCGAGUGACACCGCCAGGCACCACCGGGCUGUCAUACUGACUGUUCUGAAGGAGGCGCUGCAGCAAGCGGGGCUGAAGCCUGCAGACAUCGACUGUGUGGCAUACACAAAAGGUCCUGGUAUGGGUGCCCCUUUGGUAACAGUGGCUCUGGUGGCCCGUACGGUCGCACAGCUUUGGGGGAAGCCGCUCCUUGGCGUCAACCACUGCAUUGGACACAUUGAGAUGGGCCGACUCAUCACACAUGCUGACAACCCCACCGUGCUUUAUGUCAGUGGAGGGAACACGCAGGUUAUUGCAUACUCAGAGCGGCGGUACAGAAUAUUUGGGGAGACCAUCGACAUUGCAGUUGGCAACUGUCUGGACAGGUUUGCUAGAGUUAUAAAGAUUUCCAAUGACCCCAGUCCAGGCUACAACAUAGAGCAGAUGGCCAAAAAAGGGGGUCAGUAUGUGGAGCUGCCGUAUACAGUAAAAGGAAUGGACGUCUCAUUCUCUGGGAUUUUAUCCUAUAUUGAGGAAGCGUCCCAUAAGAUGCUGAGCUCGGGUCAGUGUGCAGCAGAGGACCUAUGUUUCUCCCUGCAGGAGACUGUGUUCUCCAUGCUGGUGGAGAUCACAGAGAGGGCCAUGGCUCACUGUGGCUCCAAAGAGGUCCUUAUCGUUGGAGGUGUUGGCUGUAACCUGCGUCUGCAGGAGAUGAUGGGGGUGAUGUGCAAGGAGAGAGGAGCCAAGUUGUUUGCCACAGAUGAACGGUUCUGCAUAGACAACGGAGCAAUGAUUGCUCAAGCCGGCUGGGAGAUGUUCAGGUCUGGGCAGGUGACGGCGCUGGAAGACUCGUGGAUUACACAAAGGUACAGAACAGAUGAAGUGGAGGUGACGUGGAGAGACUGAUGGAGCCACAUCUCGGCGCUACAUAUGUUGUUGCAGCAGGUCUGUCAUGACGAUGGGACAUUUUUUGUUGAGGUGGUUGACGACCAUAGAUCCCUGAUAGUAACCGUUCACCUGAAACAAAGCUGAGUGGAGGUCAGGUUUACAAUACUUCCUUAACAUUUACCCAGUUCAGCCUUUCCCUACAAAAAAAAUCUCUGGCACUUUAAUUUGGUGUUUAACUGUUGUACUUUAUCUGUCAGGAAGAUCAACAUGAUUUAACUGUACAGCAGUAAAACUUCAAAUUAAAAAAAGAUUAAGAUGGAACAUGUCAAGUUUAUUCAUUUUAUUAAGCAAUACUGUUCACUUACAUUCCUCCUCAUUCUCCAGUGUAAAUUUAUUUAUUCAAUACAUUUUCUUUCAAAAAUCAACAUACUGAACAUGGUGAGAUUCCUAAUGGUUUUAUGAGUAACAUUCACCCAAUUAGGGAACCAAAUAAAAACAAAAGGACACAGCAUUAAGAUCUGACGGGGUAAAGGGUGCCUUUGACUACACCCCCUCUGUAAACUGAAGACACAGAUACACAAAUCCUCUGCAUACAUGAACCAUCAAACUGAAGCAGGUACAAGACAGUCCAUUUUUAAUCAAAGGAGGGGGGAUAAAUCACUCUGGUGAGGGUUCCUUGCACACAGGGAUUGGUCAUGAUAGAUUUUUUUUAACAAAAGUGCUUGUUUGACCACUCGCUUUACAGAGGACAAAAAAAAGGUGAUAUACUGUAGCUUUCAAAAAAAAACGGGGGAGGGGGGGAAUUAAAUUACAGCUCCUGAUUGUUUUUAAAAAGACCAGCUCUACACAUACAAGAUAAAAAUGGUAAUGAGAGGCGAUGAAAACAGGUCUGAUUAAUUAAGGCAGGCUUCCUGUAAGGCGUUAAAAAAGUCCAUUGCAGUAAGAUCUCAAGGGAGUUAGUCCAAAGUGUCUCAGUGUGGCUUUGUGUGAAGACAUCAUCCUGAGUGCAGUGUGUGAGAACGGGACGCAUACAUUUGUCCAUCUUUACGUGUUUUAAUGUGCAUGUAUGUGUGUGUUGCAUGUGUGUUUUAUAUAUGCUUUGGGUUUCUCACACUGCUAGGCUGGGUGCUCCUGGGCCUCCUUGUACCAGACAACCUUUUUGGGAACUGCAAAAUAGAAGAAGAAAAAAAAAAA